AUGUCCGACGAUAAAGGUUACAUCGUUACUUUGAAAGACGACACUACUGAUACACAGGCUGAAUCCAUCAAAAGCAAGAUUAAGGACUUGGGUGGUAAGAUCACCAAUGAGUUUAGCUUGAUCAAAGGAUUUUCUGUGAAAUUGCCCAAGAUUCAUGCUGAUUCCUUACAUAAGGAACAUCCACAAAUUGCUAGCGUUGAGGAAGACAAGGAAGUGCGCACUCAAUAA